UUUCUUAUCCAUCAACUCCACCAUUGUUUCUCUCUCUCUCUCUCAACAACCACUUUUUCUCACUGUCCAAACACCCUCAACUUUCUCUCUCUAAAAAACACCUCACUCUCUCUCUCUCUCUCUCUCUUAUAUAUAUAUUGCGGAAGCUUAGUAAUUUGUUUUACUAAAUUAACCUGAGAAAACGUCGUAAUAAUGGAGGAUAAUGGCAAGAAGCGAACACGGGACGAGUUGGAGGACGAGGAAGUCGACUCACCCGAGUCGAGACUCACCCGGGUGGCCUCGGAUGCUGACUCGGCCGAUUCGAAGCGGUUGCGUUCCGACUCGGGUGAGGAGACCGAGGCGAAGAAAAUCCAGGAGGACCUGCUUGAUAUUCUUGAUGACUCGGAUGACCGUGACCCGGCGAUUCAAGGGCUGGAGUCGGUGAUGAAGAGUUUCGAGGAAGAGAUCCUCGUCCCUGCGGGUACUGUGGAGGGCAAGGGUUAUGAAUCUCAGCCGGAUCUCGGUUUCCUUCUAGAAGCUUCGGACGACGAGCUUGGCCUGCCGCCGAGUUCUUCCUCAGGCGAGGAGCAGAAGGCUGAGGCUCUGGAUUUGGAUUUUGCUGCCGGCGGUUUCGGCGGGAUUCUGGAAUUUGAGGACCAGUUGCCUUAUUAUGACUCGUUCGAGUUCGGAAUCGUUGGUGACUCGGCUAACAAUGCAAACUACAAUGAUAGCGUGGACUUCAUGGCGCUGGGAGGCUUGUUUGACUAUUCGGACGGUAGUUGUCAACCGGCUGAUGUUUCGGAGAUUCCGUGGCGAACGGCGGAGUCUCUCUCUUCCUUGUAAAUGCGUGGCGUUUCGGGCCGACGGAGUUUUAUCUGAAGCCGAAACGUUCUCGUAAAUACACCGUAAUUAGCUUGUAAUCUCUUUUUUUGUUGUUGAAUUAGUGUGACCAUACCAAAUUAUCAAUUCUUUUUUUAAUUAAUUGUACUUAUUUUAAGUUCAAUUAGGUUUAUAAGAUCUAAAUUUUGUGCUAUAUAUGUUAAAUAUAUGUAUUAAGGUAUUCUAUGUGA